AUGAUGACCCCAUAUAGGGGUAGAAGUCGCGGUUAUGGUCGUGGUGGGAGAGGGAAUAACAAUAUGUUACCCCAGCCAGAAUCAAACAUUCCUCACAUAGGAAAUUGGACUACUGUCUACAAAGGUAGAAAAAUGCAGCAAUUACCUGUAUCUUCUACAAAAAAGGAAGAUAUUGCUUCCUCUUCCUCUAAUAAAACUACAUCCUACAAGGAAGUUGCUGUUAAUAACCCACCUCAAGAACAAAUGGAUUAUUUUGAAAAUCCAGUAACCGAAAAAAUCAUGUAUAUUGACGAUGAAGAUAUGAAGAUAAAUCCAAAUGAUGGUUGGUCUAUCAAAACUAGAUACCUUGAAUCAAGAGGAUAUCCAGGUCUUCAAAAAUCGAGGCCCAACCUAGAAAUUCUCCUGACUGUUACCGAAUUGGUAACAAUUACUCACCAUUACCAAAACAAUAAUCCUGAAAGUUUUAUAAACUCCAGUAAAUGUCACAUUAACAAAAUUUUGUUACCAAGAGAAUGGGGUCUCAACCCAAAUGCUGAAAAGGCAAUAAGAAUUUCAGAAGGAAAGUAUAUUUACUUUAAUUACUGA